AUGAAGUCCACGAACGAGGGAACUCUGCGGGCUGAGCCACGAGAAACCCCCGAUGCUGGCACCGGUUUGUUUGCAACAACCGAAAUAACUGCAGGACAUCCGAUUCUGGAAUUGGACACCUGGCUCACCGUCCUAGAUACCACUCGAUUGGCGGAUACAUGCUCGAGCUGCUUUGGAGUGAAGACGCUUCGAGACCGCGAAGUCGACGGUACGCCUGAAGCUUGUCAAGUGUCAAACUGGGCUGCAGUCCAUAAACACGAAUGUAAAAUCUUCAAAAAAUUGCAUCCCAACAUAUUGCCAACCAAUUCAAGGGUUGUGCUAAGAAUUAUUAUAUUCAAAACUUAUCGUCAAGACGAUCCGGGAGGAAAUAUGCAGCGCUUCGACGCGCUGGAGAGCCAUCAGAUUCAGACCCUGAAAUCGAAGCCGGAAUACUUUCAGAAACUCGCGCUAUCGGCCAGAGCAGUACGCGAGUACUCAGGAACAGAACUGUCCUUGCAUAAGAUCAUCGAGUAUUUCUGCAAACUUGAUAUCAAUGCUUUCACUCUGACAACCCCGUUUUACGACCAUGUUGGCGCUGCUAUUGAGCCUCUUGCGGCACUCUGCAACCAUAGCUGUUCUCCAAAUGCUGCUACCGAUUUCGACAAAGGAAAGAUUUGGGUCAGGGCCCUACGCGACAUUGGAAAAGGGGAGCAAGUCUUUGUUUCUUAUAUUGAAACUACCGACCCGUACGCCCAUCGGCAGAGUGAGCUGCUGAAAAGGUACUAUUUCAAUUGCAAAUGCAACAAAUGUGAAAUAGAAAAAAAUGCCCCAGACACCCACUUUCUGAGGGCCAUCACUGCAGUCGACUCGAAAACUAUUCAGAAUGCACAGCAAGAGGCGAUGGAGCUCUUCGAAAUGGUCAAACCCGGGGCACCAUCAACGGAUUCAAUCAAAAAUUUGAGAAGUGCAAUGAGCGCCCUGCGAAGGACGACUUUAUGGCCCUUAACCCGCCAGCCGUACGUUAGACUGCGCGGCGAACUCAUUGCAUCGCUGAUGGGCGCGCGACAGUUUCAAAGCGCCUUUGUACACUGUGUCAUACGGCAUCUUCGCGUUAAUCCUGUUGUAUAUCCCAAUCGAUGGCAUCCAAUCUCGAGUAUGCAUAAAUGGGUAUUUGUCAAGCUGAUGAGGUAUCUCACGCAAGCAGGCGAUUUAGGAGUUGCUGAAGGUGUUGACCUGUCGAAAUAUGAUCUUAACCUCUUCAUUAUCAUAUAUUCCGUCCUACUUGACCUUGAGGCAACGGUUUCUAACGAAUUGCCCACUGUGGAAAACAUCUACAGAGAUUCACUAGCUGAUUUUGCUAAUUCUGGAUGGACCCUGGAAAUGAUGCAGUCCGAUAUUGAGGAACAAUGGCAGAAACUGGAGACUCUUGCGGAUGAAGCUUUGCAGGUGGAUGAAAUUUCUGUCUAA